UUGUAAAAAUUUUACUUUCUCACACCUACAUACAGCACGCGGACUAAGUACCGUUCACAGCAUUUGGACACCAUGAAUCCUCAGUCCCAAGGUUCGCUGCUGCUGAAGAGUCAAUUGAGAAGUUUGACCAAGAACCCGGUUGAUGGGUUCUCCGCUGGCCUUGUAGAUGAUGAAGAUAUAUACAAGUGGGAGAUAAUGGUGAUGGGCCCACCAGACACGCUAUAUGAGGGAGGAUUUUUCAAAUGUCAUAUGACUUUCCCAAAAGAAUACCCUCUAAGACCACCCAAAUUAAAAUUCGUCUCUGAUGUCUGGCAUCCAAAUGUGCAUGAAGAUGGCGAGGUGUGCAUUUCUAUACUUCACGAACCCGGAGAAGACAAGUGGGGAUAUGAGAAAGCUUCAGAACGAUGGUUGCCUAUCCAUACUGUGGAGACAAUCAUGAUCUCUGUCAUAUCCAUGCUAAGUGACCCCAACGACGAGUCGCCUGCAAAUAUAGAUGCUGCGAAAGAGUGGCGUACCCAACCGGAUGUAUUCAAGAAGAAGGUUCAGCGGUGCGUGCGAAGGAGCCAAGAGGCCGCUUUCGAUUAGAUAGUAAGGCGCUGUCCUUCUAGAGCAGCGUUAUGGUACCUAAAGGGUACAAAAAUAUAGGGCGCCAGGUGGCAUGGUUGAGACGGAUGAGCGAUGCUGUAGAAAACAUCCGCACAUACUCACUGUUGAUAUCAAAAUACCAGGCGUGCACACAAGCGAAAGCCUACAGGUUAGGCGAGAAGAAACCACUUCCAAAUGCACUGGUCGAGGUGUUCUUACGAACACGCGAAUGUCAAUUCGGUGAUCUCGAUCGUAUCCGGUGGUCUUUUGUGUAUACAUCAAUAUAUUGAUAGUUCGUGGCCAUUCAUCGGAGACUUAAGUAAAAACUGCGUUAUCAGAACGCGCACCUGCUAUCGUUCACUGGAACUGUGGUAUAUGACACCUUUGUUAUCGUAUUUCAAAGUUCAUAGCGAUUAAAACACAUGCCCGAGAAUUUUAAUUAAAUUAGGAUGACUCCCUGAAUACUUGCUGCGUCGCAUGCCGCACUCCACGAAGUGGCCCUAAAGCAAGCUUUCGGUAUAUCUCAACUUUCAUCUGCAACAGAACGCAGUUAGUUGUUUAUCGGGGUUUAUCUUCUCCAGUGCAUAUUUUGACAAUAAACCUUUUUAGCUCACAUAUGUGGAUAGUCGGAGCGAUGUUUCGCAAACUGCAUCUUCUCUCAUAA